AACCGGCUGUAAGCAAGCAAUAGGAAAGACUUUGAACCGUCUGUCUGUUUCAGUUCUAGUGUAUUCGUGCAGUCUUUCUUCCAGACAACUAGCACAUCAUUAUCAUGAAGAUAGAAUUUGCGCCUUUGAAAAUUCCUUUGCAGAGGCGGUUGGAGACGGCUGCUGUUUUACAAUGGGUUUUCUCUUUCCUGGCACUUGCACCCUGUUGCUACAUUCUUUUCAUCCUACUGAUCUUUACUCGCUUUUGGAUGGUGAGUGUGAUUUAUGCCACUUGGUGGUUUUGGGACCGAGAGACACCAUCGCAUGGCGGGAGACAGUCCCAGUUUCUGCGCAGGCUUAGACUUUGGAGAUAUCUCAGAGAUUACUUUCCUAUUGAGCUGAUUAAAACUGCCGAUCUGGACCCCAGUCAGAAUUACAUUCUCGGCUUUCAUCCUCAUGGAAUCCUAGUGGCUGGUGCUUUUGUGAAUUUCUGCACAGAAGCAACUGGAUUUUCUGUUCUUUUCCCUGGAGUGACCCCAUAUCUUCUAAUGUUGCCCUUGUGGUUCAGGGCUCCAUUUUUCCGAGAUUACAUUAUGUGUGGAGGACUAAUUCCAUCAGACAAAGACAGUGCAACCUAUUUGCUUGAGAACAAGCAAGGUGGAAGUGCAGUCGUCAUAGCUAUAGGGGGCGCUCCUGAGUCUCUUGAUGCCAGGCCUGGUGCUUUCACUCUCCUGCUGAAAAAUAGGAAAGGGUUUGUUAGGCUGGCCAUAGAAAAAGGUGCUCACCUUGUGCCAAUCUUCUCCUUUGGCGAGAAUGAGGUGUUUGAUCAAGUUGAGAAUCCUAGAGGAACAUGGCUGAGAUGGAUACAGGAGCGCCUACAGAAGCUGAUGGGUGUUGCACUCCCGCUUUUCCACGCCAGAGGUGUCUUCCAGUACAGCUUUGGCCUUAUCCCCUAUAGGAAGCCAAUUUUUACAGUGGUUGGGAAACCCAUUAAAGUGAUCCAGAACGACAAACCAACUGGAGAGGAAGUGAACGCUUUACAUCAGAAGUACAUUGAAGAACUCUGCCAGCUUUUUGAAGAUCAUAAAUCCAAAUACGACGUACCAGAGGAUAUGCACCUUUCUUUUAUUUAGAAAAGCAGCACAUUUCUUUCUUCUUCAUGAAAUGGCAUGAAAAGACGUUUUUUCUCACAAAUACUGUGCCUCUAAUAACGUUUUGUUUUUAUUUUUUAAGCUGUCCUGCUGCUUUUAUUGUGCUAUUAAACAGAUUGUACUGAAUGUACAUAUUGCUUGAAAUAAAAGUAUAAAACAUUUCUAAAAUGGCAAAAUCACUAAUUAUCUCCUUGUUCAUAUACAUUAUGUUCUCUGUUGCUUACUGACUUGAUGUUAUUUCCUCUGAUAGAUUCUUAGUAUAAGAAAAAAACUAAUUUUCAUUUAUAAAAAAAAUUAUGACCAUUUUAAAGUUAUCUAAAGAAGACCUAUCCAGUACGUUAUUGUAAUUCCAGUGAUAAUGAGUACUUAAUCACUGUACUUAAAUAUUCCUUUUUUCAGAUAUUUCCCGUGCUCAAUUAAACCAAG